CCCAGUCUGAGCCCCUGGUGUGUCCCCUGUCACUCCUUGGUGGGAUCCCCAGUUGUGUGCCCCCAAAGACUACCCAACCACCUGGGAGCCCUGGCUGACACUCUGCUUAAGGGGCUGCUGUUGUUCAGCAGGGGCUGCGCUGAGUGAGACAGGUACAGCCAAGGGGGGAGGGUCUGAGCCCUGGCAUGGCUGGGAGCCCUUGGUGAGGUGACCUAGUGUUAAGCACAGGCAAAGUCAGAGUCCAGCCUCGCUGCAGCUGUAGGCCUCUGGGAAAACUGUCCCAGCUUAGGCUCCCUCAUGAAGGCUGUCCACCUCAGCUCCCCUACUUCCAGCCAGCACAUUCCUUAGGAUGGCCUCAUGAGUAAGCUGGAGAACCUGAAAGAAGACCCAGCUGACCUCUGGGAUAGGAGUGGAUCCUGCCCUAAGAAGAACAGCCGAUGCCCUCUUCAGUCACCCUGAUGCCUGGCAUGGCCCAGCCUACAUGGGUCACCAUGAACAUCCCAGGAGGCUCAGAAGUGAAGGCCCAGCCCCAUUCACUCAACCAUGAGAACUUUUCUGGACAGAGCCCAAGGCACAGUGCAGAAAGCCUCUACCUUCCUGCUGGAGGCUCUCCCAGUUAGGUCAUAGCUUAACCAUCUCAUUGGCCAGGGAAGCAGAAGACCUCAGAAAUACUUAUGGGAGAAUAGUGUCCACGGAAUAUGGUCUUCAGACUAUAGAGUGAAUCACCCUCAUGCAGUCUGAGUGCCGGACCAAGACACUGUGCCACUAAAACCAACCCAUGCUAGAGAAUGUGUCUGUGUGGGUGGCAUGGGCCAAGGAUGCACUGGAAUGAUUCACUUACUGUCCCAGGAAAAGGCAGCAUAGCCCUUCCCCUUGGGCCCACCCCUUGGCCUCACCCCAGAUCAUACUAGAAUGGAUUAGGCAGCAGGCUACCUGCCCAGACCCCGAAGCACCUGUGGAGCAGCCAGAGGCUUAGUGGCUGCCACUCACACUGCACAUGUCCUGCAUCUCUUUUUUACCUGUUUCCUGUUUUUAUUACUUCCCUGAAUUUUGGCCAGGGCACCAAACUCGUCUCUGGGGCCAAGGUGAUGCCAGGCUACCUGUCUCUGACAGCUACUGGUGUUCUUUUGGGUCAGUGGCCAGCCCCCCAGUGUCCCUGCUGGCUGCCCUGAUCUCUGUAGGGCUCCCAGCUCCUUGCAGUUCAGCACCUAUUCUGGGUGGAGGUGGGAAGAGAGAGCCACAAUUAGAUAUAGUAAAGAAACUUAUAUGACAGGUUCAUUGGGUUACAGUGAAGCUGGAGGAGUCUUUAAGGCCCAGGGUUCUCAAACUCCAGGGAAAAUUCAGGCAAUGGGGAGUCAUUGAAAAUUUUUAAGCUGCAGAGUGAUCUGGAUAUUUUGUGGUUAGAGAGAUCCCUCUGCCACCACCAGGAUGAUCUUUGGAUUGGAAAAGGAGUCUGGCAUAAGUUCUCUGUGGUAGCAUUCACAGGGAAGUGAGAGCCCAGAGGGCAAAGUGGCUAACACUCUUUUCAAGGGCAGUGGGGUAGGUACUUAAGCUGAACCUUGGCCGGGCCUUGUGAAUUCACCUUGAGAAAAGCACUUGUUCUCAGCACUGCAAGGCCCCAUUAGCUGACUUCCCCGACAUUGCUUGCUUGCUCCCCUCCCACAGACCAAGCAGAUGAGGAGGGAGGAAAGGGCACUCUAUCCAAAACCAGGGCUGCUGUCCAAAGUCUAGGCUACCUGAGAGGAGAUGCCAGCCUGGAGGCAGUCAACAGCUUGGCCGCAUGAUGGCAGCAGAGAACCAACUGUUGACUACUGCACACCCACUCCCCACUCCCAAACAGGUGACCAGGGAAGGCCCUUGAAAUUUAUUCCCAAUUCCUAGAAGUCUCUCCCAAUAUCCUGAGCCAGGAUGGAGGUCCCAAGAACCCAUGCCUCGGUGCCAGGCAGGGAACAUUUUAUUUCAGUUUUGUCCCGCUUGACUACCUUUUAGACACGUUGACUGUGGAAUAUAGGAAUGGUGCCAUAAUUUCUGAAGGUGUCUAUUCAUUUCCGGGCAAUUCAGGUUAGAGAAGGGAGUGCCUUUUAUGUUGCCUCAGGUGCAGUAUGCUUCCAGCACUGGGUGUGGCCACCCUGUGCUCUUCCCCACCUCCCCCCAGUUGCUCCAGGAGCUCCAGCCUGGAGGGGUAGGGAAGUCCCGAAUUAGGAAUCGGUGAAGGGGGGUGUAAGUUAUUCAGAGUGAACUGUUUUGGGGUGGGUGUAGCACAGGGUGUAUGGCACCCACAAAAUGGACUUGGCCCCACCCAGAUCAGGUAGGCUUCCUGGAGGAGAUGCCACAUACGUUGCAAGAGAAGGAAGGGGAAAAUGUGUUCCUGGAAGGAGGAACUAGGAGUAUAGGCUGGAGAUGAGUGGAGGAGGUUCUCGUAGGGCCAGGCUGAAUCUUGUUGGGCUGUCUCCUCUCCUCACCCGCACUCCUUACCCUCCAAAUCUCUGGGACUCACAGUUCACUCAGAACUCAACCUAGGGUCACUCAGUGAAGCUUUCCCUCUCUCCAGGGCCCAGGUGCACCUGGCUGAGGGGGAUAUCAGGCUAAAGAUGUCCCCCAGGACACUCCAGUGUUGGGGGGUGUAGUUCCCAAAGGGCAGAUGCUGAGAGAUGGCAAGAGCAGACCUGGGUUGACUCCCUUACUCCCACCCUGCACAAAAUCACAGCCUGGAGAGAGAACUCUGGGCAAUCACCUCAUUUUGGAGACUGAAAGCCUGAGGCCCAGCAAGGCUAACAGAACAGGUUAGAGGUGCCCUGAAAGCCAAAGCCCAUGUCUCCUGCAUAUCGGGGAGGUGCUGGAGCAGAACCAGGAAGGAAGGCCAGCACUUGUGUUCUGUUGACCCCAUCCCUGCAGCUGCCACCUACUGAGGCAGUGGUAGACAGGGCAGAGCUAGGGUUGGGCCUCCAUGUAAGUUGCUUCUCCUCUGACUCUAAGAUCCAGCCAACAGGGUGGGCCCCAUCUUAUAACUCCCACUGCCCUGGGCAGGCCGGAUGCAAGGCAGUAGCCUCUGAUCGCCAUCCUGUCACAGUCAGCCCAGAGCAGGUCCACAGAGGGAUAGUCCCAGAAGGGAAUGGCAACCCACUCCAGUAUACUUGCCUGGAGAAUCCCACAGACAGAGAAUCCUGGUGGGCUACAGUCAUAGAGUUGGACAUGACUGAAUAACACUUUCACAGAGGGUAGUGCCACUCCUGGGGUCUCCUCACACCUCCCCUGUGGUUCUCCACACAUUCCUGGCUUCUGGUCCCCACAAGGAGGGUCCCCUGGGCCCUGACCAGGAACGAGUGUCUGAGGAUGUUGCUGUAUCCUGGAGCCGAGAGAAGGAUACCAAAUGGUCCUCAAACGUACUGGGGCAACCCCUCCCACUUCCGCCCAGUCGAUCGUCAGGGGGCGGGACAGAACAGCUCAGAUCUACUAAACGUCUCUCCGGGCCACCCUACACCCACUCACCCACAGGCCACUGAGAAAAAAGGGUCCAAGCCUAGGUGUAGGACCCAGGCUUCUGAGGGCGGGGAAAGUCGGCUAGGCAGAGGGGCUGGGCUAGGCCAGCCAGCCAACCAGCAGGCCCCGCCCACAGCUCCGCCCCCACGCCCUGGUCCUGUCCGCCUGCCGGGGUAGCUCCGACAGACUUUGCUCUAAUCUCCGGUUGGGAGCCGCAACAAGAGCAACAGGUGAGGCGGCCUCUCUGUCUAUGUGUGCCCGCCCGCUCCAGGCGCUCGGACGCUGACUGCAGGAGAGGGCUGUGGGCCUCUCAGGAGUCCUUGUGGGGUCAGCUGCCCCAGGGCUCCCCGGAUCGACCCUCGACGCGGGUCCCAACCCAGACUUCGAGUCUGCUCCCAACCAGGCCUGGGUCUGCGGGAACCUCCACAGGGCCCUACCUGGGCCUCGAUGGAGCUCCACCCGCCGCUGUUCCAGCCUUUCCUCUUACUGCUGCUGCUGCUGCCGACGCUGCCGGCGGUGCCCGAGACUGGCGGGUCCUGGCAGUGCCCGCGCAUCCCGUAUGCUGCUUCCCGCGACUUUGCAGUGGAGUACUCGGUGCCCAGCUUCUCCGCCGGCGGUCCGGUACAAGCCGUUGCAACCUACGAGGGCGGCAGGGAAGGGAGUGCGGUGUUCGUGGCCACACGCAAUCGCCUGCAUGUGCUUGGACCUGAUCUGCAGCCAGUUGAGAGCCUGGCCACCGGCCCUGCUGGGGCCCCUGGCUGCCAGACGUGUGAGGCCUGUGGCCCAGGCCCUCACGGCCCGCCCGGAGACACAGAUACGCAGGUUCUGGUGUUGGAACCCGCGCUUCCCGCACUGAUCAGCUGUGGCUCCAGCCUUCGUGGCCGCUGCUUCCUCCAUGAGCUAGAGCCGGGCGGGACAGCCCUGCACCUGGCGCCACCGGUCUGCCUUUUCUCAGAGCACAAUCGGCCAGAGGACUGUCCUGACUGUGUAGCCAGCCCUCUGGGCACCCUCGUGACUGUGGUUGAGCAGGGCCAGGCAUCCUAUUUGUACGUGGCAUCGUCACUGGACUCGGCGGUGGCCGCCAGCUUCAGCCCGCUCUCGGUGUCCAUCCGGCGGCUCAAGGCCGACGGUUCAGGAUUCGCAGCAGGCUUCGCAGCGCUCUCGGUGCUGCCCCAGCACCUCGAUUCCUACCGCAUCGAAUAUGUGUACAGUUUCCACGCCGGAGCCUUCGUCUAUUUCCUGACGGUACAGCCCGCCGACGUGGCAGCUGCUCCUGGCGCCUUGCACACGCGCCUGGCACGGCUCAGCGCUGUCGAGACCGACCUGGGAGACUACCGAGAGCUGGUCCUCGACUGCCAUUUCGCCCCUAAACGUCGGCGACGUGCGGCCCAUGAGGGCGGGCAACCCUACCCGGUGCUGCGGGCGGCCCACGCUGCUCCAGUGGGCGGCCACCUAGCCGCUGAGCUGAGCAUCCCUGAGGGGCAGGAAGUGCUCUUCGGUGUCUUCUCGGCUAGCAGAGACAGCAGCCCAGGUGCAGAUCCCAACUCUGUGGUCUGUGCGUUCCCUGUCCACCUGCUGGACACUCUCAUCGAGCAGGGCGUAGAGCGCUGUUGUGAGCCUCCGGUCCCCCCUGGCCUCCGGCGAGGGCUGGACUUCUUCCAGUUGCCCAGUUUUUGCCCAGAUGCGCCUGGUCUGGGGGCCUCCAGCCCCAAUAUCAGCUGCCGCCACUUCCCUCUGCUCGUCAGCAGCAGCCUCUUACGGGUGGACCUAUUCAACGGGCUGUUGGGACCAGUGGAGGUUACGGCACUGUACGUGACGCGCCUCGACAACGUCACAGUGGCCCACAUGGGCACAGCCGACGGGCGCAUCCUGCAGGUGGAGCUGGCCAGGUCUCUCAACUACUUGCUGUACAUGUCCAACUUCUCACUGGGCAGCAAUGGGCAGCCCGUGCAUCGGGAUGUCAGACGCCUUGGGGACCACCUGCUCUUUGCCUCUGGGGACCAGGUCUUCCAGGUACCGAUCCGGGGCCCUGGCUGCCACCACUUCCUCACCUGUGGGCGCUGCCUGCGGGCACAGAGUUUCAUGGGCUGUGGAUGGUGUGGGGGCAUGUGUGGCCGGCAGAAGGAGUGUCCUGGCUCCUGGCAACAGGACUAUUGCCCACCCGUGCUUACUGAGUUCUAUCCCCGCAGUGGACCCCUAAGGGGCAGCACAAGGCUGACCCUAUGUGGCUCCAACUUCUACCUGUACCCUCCUGGUCUGGUGCCUGAAGGCACCCAUCAGGUCACUGUGGGUCGAAGUCCCUGCCGACUGUUACCUAAAGGCAACUCAGACCUCAGCCGACUGCCCCGGAAGGACUUCAUAGAGGAUUUUGAGUGUGAGCUGGAGCCCUUGAGCACACAGGUAGCCGGGCCUGCCAACGUCAGCCUCACUGUGACCAAUAUGCCACUGGGCAGGCACUUCCGGGUAGAAGGUACCUCCAUGCUAGGAGGCUUCUCUUUCAUGGAGCCAGUGCUGACAGCAGUCCGACCCUUCUUUGGCCCUCGGGCAGGAGGUACCUGCCUCACCCUUGAAGGCCGAGGCCUGUCUAUUGGCACCAGCCAGACUGUGCUGGUCAAUGGGACUGAGUGCCCACUGAAACAGGUCAGCGAGGGGCAGCUUUUAUGCACCACGCCCCCUGGGGCCGCUACUGCCAGCGUUCCCAUUCGCCUGCAGGUAGGGGGCGCCGAGGUGCCUGGCUCUUGGAACUUCCACUACCGGGAAGACCCCAUCGUCCUGGGCAUCAGCCCCAAAUGUGGCUAUACUGGUUCCCACGUCACCAUCCGCGGCCAGCAUCUGACUUCAGCAUGGCACCUCACGCUGUCAUUCCAUGAUGGGGUCAGGGCAGUGGAGAACAGGUGUGAGGGGCAGCUCCCGGAGCAACACAGGUGCCGCCUGCCCGAAUACGUGGUCCGAGGCCGCCGAGGGUGGGUGACUGGGAACCUGAGUGUCCGUGGGGAUGGAGCUCCUGGCUACACACUGCCUGGCUUUCGCUUCCUGCCUCCACCCCACCCACCCAGCAAGGACCUGGCCCCCCUGAAGCCUGAGGAGCACGCCAUUAAGUUUGAGUACAUCGGACUGGGCACUGUGGCUGACUGCGUGGCUGUGAAUGUGACUGUGAGUGGCAAGAGCUGCCAGCACGAGCUGCGGGGGGAUGUGGUCGUCUGCCCCCUGCCCCCCUCCCUGCCACUUGGCAAGGACGGUGCUCCACUGCAGGUCUGCGUGGAUGGUGGGUGCUACACCCUGGGCAAGGUAGUGCGGCCAGGUCUGGAAGGGGUCUCCCAGAGCACGCUCCUUGGUGUCCUCCUGGCUCUGCUUCUGCUUGUGGCUGUGCUGGCUGCCAUACUGGUCUUCAGUUACCGCUGGAGGAAGCAGCUAGUUCUUUCUUCAAACCUGGAAGACUUGGCCUCCCUGGACCGGACCCCUGGAGCCAUGCCUCUGCCUCUGCUCCGCUCAGGCUCGGAUUACAGAAAUGGCCUUGCCCCUCCUACCACUGGCCAGGAUUCUUCCACUCAGGUCCACAGAAUAUCCUCCUCAGACAGCGGGGAUGGGUCCCGUGUCCCAUUGCUGCGGAAAGGAUCCAUCCAGCUUGGGGACCUGGACUCUGUGCUCCUGGCUGAGGUCAAGGAUGUACUGAUUCCCCAUGAAAGGGUGGUCACCCACGCUGACCGAGUCAUUGGCAAAGGCCAUUUUGGAGUUGUCUAUCAUGGAGAAUACACAGAUGAGGCCCAGAAUCGAAUCCACUGUGCCAUCAAGUCACUGAGUCGCAUCACAGAGGUGCAGGAGGUGGAGGCCUUCCUGCGCGAGGGGCUGCUCAUGCGCCGUCUGCACCACCCGAAUGUGCUGGCUCUCAUUGGCAUUGUGCUGCCCCCGGAAGGGCUGCCCCGCGUGCUGCUGCCCUACAUGCGCCACGGAGACCUGCUGCAGUUCAUCCGCUCACCCCAGCGGAAUCCCACAGUAAAGGACCUCAUCAGCUUCGGCCUGCAGGUGGCCCAUGGCAUGGAGUACUUGGCCGAGCAGAAGUUUGUGCACCGGGAUCUGGCUGCUCGGAACUGCAUGCUGGAUGAGUCAUUCACGGUCAAGGUGGCUGACUUUGGUCUGGCCCGUGAUGUCCUGGACAAGGAGUACUACAGUGUCCAGCAGCACCGCCACGCUCGCUUGCCUGUCAAGUGGAUGGCGCUGGAGAGUCUGCAGACCUACAGAUUCACCACCAAGUCUGACGUGUGGUCGUAUGGUGUGCUGUUAUGGGAGCUGCUGACACGGGGUGCCCCUCCAUACCCCCACAUCGACCCUUUUGACCUUACUCACUUCCUGGCCCAGGGUCGGCGCCUACCCCAGCCUGAGUAUUGCCCAGAUUCUCUGUACACUGUGAUGCAGCACUGCUGGGUGGCGGACCCCAUGGCACGACCCACCUUCGGCGAGCUAGCAGGGGAAGUGGCACUCGUGGUGGCUGCGCUGCGAGGGGACCACUACGUGCAGCUGCCCGUGGCCUACGUGAACGUGGGCCCUGGUGCCCCUGACAAGGCAAUCAUGCCCUUGGAACAGUCACCAUCCCCAACAGUGCACAGGAGCCCAGGGCGGCCCCGGCCCCUCUCAGAGCCACCGAGACCCACGUGACCUCAGCCCCAGGCGGGCCUUGGGGCUUGGACCUGCAUAGCGGUGGCAGUUACCCCAAGCUGCCUCUGGGCUGGCCUCUGCCGUGUCCCGGUCCCUUCACCUUCAGGGGCAUAGGAGGACUGCAAGGCAUAUUGGUCUCUCGCUCCUCAGGAGGACCCAGUGCGGGGAUCCUUGAUGCAGUAUUUAUGAGGUGUCUGCUGUGUGCCUGGCUGCUGGGCACAGGGGACUCAGGGGUGACCACUGGCCCUUAAAUCAGUAAAUGAACAAAUGAAUAUUUAA